CUGAAUCUGCUUGCAAAAGAGCAAAUGGGGAAACAAAGCAGGACCUUUGACCCCUCAUUAUCUCUAUAUUAGCUCUGCAUAAAUGCUGGUGUCUCAGAUGAGCAUCAGCCUCAGCUUCAGCCUGGGAGAGAGGAAGCAGGACAGGUCUCUUGGUGUACAGGGCUGAACUGGUACCAACAAACCAUGGUGCAAUACAGGGCAUUGGUGAUAGCUCUGAUUCUGCUCCUCAGCACCACUGUCCCCGAAGUGCACUCAAGGUCCCUCAGUGAUAGAGGCCGUCGUGACUGGAUGGUUUACCCUGAUGCACUUGCAUCUUACAUCUAUGAAGCUGUGAACACGGUUUCACCUAGAGCUGCUCAGUUCUUGCUGGAUGUUUCCCAGACUACGGUAGUUUCUGGGGCCAGGAACCUCCUCAUCAGAGAAACAACCAAGAUCACUAUACUGGUGGAACAGAUGGUAGAAAAAAUAAGGAGCAUUUGGAACGGAAAACUAGGCUACUAGUUGGAAGAAAAGUCAGUGGUCCCUUAAGUGAGUGGGUAGAAUCCUGCAGUGUCCUAUUUCCCCUUGCCUCUACUACAGACCAAGAUCAGUCAAUAACAAAGAAUUGAUGCUCCUGCUAAUGCGACUAGAGGGAACCCAGCAUCAGAGACCAAAGGAUGGAUGACAUCUGCUGAGGUUUCCCCCGGAAAAAAGAAAAAGCUGCUGGGCAUUGGGGAAGGCAGUGAGAUUGCAGAGUUCUGCUGUAGCCAAAUCUUGAAAAUUAAUUCCUCCUGAAUGACUUGGCCAUUGACCCUCUAAUAAAAAGAAAAUAUUGGUUGUUA